UUAAUCUGUGACUCUCAUUUCUAUGUCCAAAACGUCAACCUCUUUGCAGGUAGGAAUUGUAACGUGUUUUAACUUAUAACAUAUUUCCCAAAAAAUUAUUCAAACUAUCAUAAUUUGAUUGCGAGAAAUCAGUAACUAUGGAUGAGCUCAAAACUGUUCGAUGGGCCGAUGAGGUCGAAUUAGAAGGGGGUGCCCUGCCCCCUUCUACAGAAGUGUACGAGAACGAUUUGAAAAUUGUUACAGAAUACAAAUACGAAGGAGAGAAGAAAGUAAAGAUUGUGCGUGUGUAUAAAAUAGAAAAGCGAGUCUUUUCCAAAUCUAUAGCUGUUAGGAAGACGUGGAAAAAAUUCGGUGAAAGUGCCAAUGACAAGCCUGGACCGAACCCUGCUACAACUAUUGUUGCUGAAGAUGUUUUCAUGCAGUAUAUCACUAACAAAGAGGAAGAGAAUAAGCAGGAAGAUGACGGUUUAGAUAAACUGAAAGCAUUGGGAGAUAAGAACGUUGUUAAAUGCAGACUUUGCAGCGGAGAUCAUUGGACUUCAAUGUGUCCAUGGAAGGCUACAGCCUUAGCUGGUGGAAAGGUGCCAGAUGAUAAAAAGGGAUUGGGAGGCACAACUACUUCGAAUGAUGCUGCAAAAACUGGAAACAAAUAUAUUCCACCGAGUCUUCGAGGAGAAGGUGGAAGUAGAAAUCGUUCAGAAAAUCUCAACAUGAACAGAAGGGAUGAUGCAACAAUAAGGAUUUCUAAUCUCAGUGAAGACACCACGGAACAAGAAAUUGAAGACCUAGUUAAGAACUUUGGACCAAUCCAGAAGUUGUUUUUGGCCAAAGAGAAAACAACUCAGCUUUGCAAAGGUUUUGGUUACAUUCAUUUUAAAUUCAGGAAUGAUGCAGCUAAGGCUAUCAGUAUUCUGAACGGAUAUGGACACAAUCAUUUGAUCUUGGAUGUGGAAUGGUCGAAACCUCAAACUCACAACAAUAAUAAUUGAAAAGUAGUGUGUAAUGUUCAUUUACAUUAAUAAAUAUCUUUUCAUCAAAUCUA